UCUGAGUAACGCUCGUUUCGGAUUGCGAUGGUGGCUUUGCAAGGUUUCGGCGUUCUCCGGUUCGUUUUGGUGAGGAUUCUGACAAAGGAAUUUUCUUUUAGUGGAUUUGUUUCAGUUGUUUCGAAUUCAGAGAAGCUUCUCUACAGCGGUGGAUUCUGAAAAAACAAUUGGAAAAAAAAAAGGGGAUUUCUUUUCUUUGAUUAAGUAAUGAGGUUUUCUUCACGGCAUCGAGAUUCACCCGACUUACUUCGGGAGAGAUGGACAGAGGAGACUGUUCCAUGACUACCAUCUGCUUCUUAGUGAGGAUUUGAAGCAGCGAUAGGCUGCGAACGUCCAGUAAUGGAUGCAUAUUCUUCGGGCGAAGAACUGAUUAUAAGGACCAGAAAACCAUAUACUAUUACUAAGCAACGGGAAAGAUGGACAGAGGAGGAACAUAACAGAUUUUUAGAAGCUCUGAAGCUGUAUGGCCGAGCUUGGCAGCGUAUAGAAGAGUUCAUUGGAACAAAGACUGCCGUGCAGAUUAGAAGUCAUGCACAAAAGUUCUUCUCAAAGUUGGAAAAAGUGUCUCUUAUCAAAGGCAUACCACUUGGACAAGCUCUUGACAUAGAGAUACCUCCUGCACGUCCUAAAAGGAAACCAAGCAAUCCAUAUCCUCGAAAGACCAGCACAGGGGCUCCUCAGUCUUCUCUUGUCAAUGAUGGAAAACUGUUGACACCAGCUUCGCAUCUGCAUGCUGGUAAACAACCACUGGACUUGGAGAAUGGCCCACCACAUGAGAAACCUGCUCAUUAUGAGAAAUCUGCUAGGGCAAAAGAAACUCUGAAUCAGGACAACUGCUCGGAAGUCCUCACUCUUUUCCAUGAAGUUCCCUGCACUUCCUACUCUUCUGUAAGCAAAAACUGCAUACCAGAAUCUUUUGCACUUGAAAGUUCAUCUCACUUCAAGGAGUUCGUACCCUCAAUAAAAGAUAUAAAUGACCAGGGUACAACUGAUGAAUCCCAUCUCACCGUCAAAACCAAAGUGAGUAAGAAAUUGGACAGAACCGAUGCCGACUAUACAGAAAUGAAUAAUGGUGUCAUUGAAACCCUGAACUUGGAGAAAUCCAGUCCAAGUUCCCAUGAUGAACAGGUCCAAGAAGCAAUAACAGAUGAACCAAACAAGCCAGAAAUGCUUGGCCUGUUCUCCACAGAGGAAAUGCAAACAAAUCAGAAUUUCCCAAGACAUGUUCCUUUGCAAUUUGUGGAUGGUAUCUCAGGAACAUGCAUGCAAACUCUGGGCCCUGAUAUGACAUACCCUACACCCAUCAUGCACCAAGUUGGGGGAGCUCAUGGAAACCCAAACCUGUUCACAAAGCCAACCACUUCUGCAAGUAGUGAACACCACAGUAACAUGUCAAGGCCUUCUGUUCACCAACCCUUGCCAACUUUUCUUCCCCCCUUCACCCCAUUGUGCAACAAUCAAGAAACUUACGGAUCCUUUCUCAACUUUUCUGCUACUUUUUCAAGUCUUCUUGUAUCUACUCUGCUGCAAAACCCAGCCGCCCAUGCUGCAGCAAGCCUGGCUGCUUCAUUCUGGCCCUGCACGAAUAUGGAAGCUUGGGUAGAUUCUUCAUCUGGUACUCUCGGAGGGAUUCCAUUAAGACAGAUUAGUCCACCUCCUAGUAUGGAAGCAGUUGCUGCUGCUACUGUUGCAGCUGCAUCUGCAUGGUGGGCAGCCCAUGGACUGUUGCCGUUGUGCCCUCCUCUUCACACUGGUUUUAAUUGUGUUUCUUCACUACCCACUGAAAUUCGAUCAACAGAUACUGGUCAACCCACAGUAGUCAAUAAAGAUAAAAAGGACAACACUUCUCAGGAUCCACCUUGGGAAGAUCAACAACUGGAUCCUGAAUUCUCUGAGGCUGUGAAAAAAGACUCAGCAUCCAAGUCUCCACCUGCCUCAUCAUCAAAUUCUGAGAGUGGAGGUACUAGGUCAAACAGCAGUGAACUGAAAGAUCAUAUGCAGAAGCCUGUGCAGGAUCCUGGGUUCCAUGAGUCCAACAAGGCUGAUGCAAAAAAACAGGUUGACCGCUCCUCAUGUGGCUCCAACACAGCUUCCAGCAGUGAAGUAGAGACAGAUGCAAUAGAGAAGAAUGAGAAAGGUGAGGAAGAGUUGAAAGAAAUUGAUUUAAGCCCUGCAUCUGUUGAGCCAAAUAAUCGUCGCAAUAGAAGUACCAGUAACAUGAAUGAGUCCUGGAAGGAGGUCUCAGAAGAGGGUCGGCUUGCCUUUCAAGCACUUUUCUCUAGAGAAGUACUGCCACAGAGCUUUUCACCUCACCAUUAUGAUCCGAGGAGCAAUGAGCAUCCAAGGUCAAGUUCCAAAGAAGGAAAUGAGAAAGGCAAAGAGGACACAUUGCAGGUAGAUCUGAGUAGUAAGACAUGGAGUACUUGUCUAGAUCAUCCAGGAGUGGAGAAAUAUGAAUCACUGAGAAGCAGUAACAAUCCUGAGGUGGGAUUGCUGAUGACGGAGCUUGGGCAUGCAAGGCUGAAAGGUCGUCGAGCUGGAUUUAAACCAUACAAAAGGUGUUCACUUGAAGCCAAGGAAGACAAGCUGGCAAGUGGUAGUGGCCAAGGAGAACAGAAAGGUCCUAAGAGGAUAUGUUUGGGAGGGGAAGCUUCAACUUGAUAAUGCAUGCUAUCACACAGCAAAGGAAACCUUUGCUCAUUGCAUGUCAUUCUUGGUUUUCUCCGUUCUUUUCCUCGUUUAAAUUAAAGUUGUGAAAUAAACGAAACUCGUUGUGUCA